AUGGUUGUUGCCACGAUUAAAUGCGUAGUUGUCGGGGACGGUGCUGUCGGCAAGACAUGUCUCUUGAUUUCCUACACGACGAACAAGUUCCCCUCGGAAUAUGUGCCCACUGUCUUCGAUAAUUAUGCAGUGACUGUUAUGAUCGGUGACGAGCCUUACACAUUGGGACUCUUCGAUACCGCUGGUCAGGAAGAUUAUGAUCGUCUUCGUCCUCUUUCAUACCCCCAGACAGACGUUUUUCUGGUCUGCUUCUCCGUCACAUCACCUGCGUCGUUUGAGAACGUGAGAGAAAAGUGGUUCCCCGAGGUUCACCACCACUGUCCCGGUGUGCCAUGCUUGAUUGUCGGCACUCAGACCGAUUUGCGAGAUGACGCCGCUGUCCGAGAGAAGCUGGCAAAGCAGAAGAUGCAGCCCGUUCGCAAGGAAGACGGUGAUCGGAUGGCCAAGGAAUUGGGUGCUGUGAAAUAUGUCGAGUGCUCUGCUCUGACGCAGUAUAAGCUGAAGGACGUCUUCGAUGAGGCCAUUGUCGCCGCGCUAGAACCGGCCCCUAAGAAGAAGACCAAGUGUGUCUUGCUGUGA